CCCGGGUGUUUCCACUUCCCCUGUGUGUAUUGAGUCUGUGUGUUUCAUUCAGUCUUUGUCAGGUCGUCUGUUCUUCCCUUCAUAUCAUGUCAAGUUUCAGGUGUCCUGAUGCUUUCUGAGGCCAGCGUUGGACAGCAAUGGCUCACUGCAUCUAUUGGAUUACGUGAGGGAUUUGACUCUAGGAAUAGGCCACUGGCUGGAGAUGGCACGGGGCUGCGUGAGCCUUUGCAUCACGGGGGUGUGGUAGGGUGCUUGUGUGGUUUGAGAUGGAGGAUGGCGUGUGAAAGUGUGCUUACGCGACCUGGAGGCUAAGCCUGUCUCCACUUGGCUUCGUACUCUUCGACACAGACCAUCAGUCAUGAACCUGUUCUGCUUCACACUGGAGGGCUCCACAGAAAGCAUGUACGAACCAGCAAACAACCAAAAGCUCAAGGAAGUCCUGCCCAAGUACCACUGCAGUCCUGUUCUUCUGAGGCGCAACGCUGACUGGGGCGGCUCAGAUUCUUCAAUCACUUCUAACCGACCCCUGGGUAAGAUGAAGUUUAAAAGAGAGAGCAAAAGAUCAUGCGUGCCAAAAUCAGCCUUGGACAAUGAAAUGUUAGAAACAGACAUUCAUCAUACCUGCUGGUUGUCAUGUGGUGACAAGGACUUGUUUCAUCAAAUGAAAGUCCAAGAAAAAGAGAUGUGUGACAGCAGCAACCUGACAACAGAAGACAAAGUGAAGGAUGUGAGGUCUGACAGGACACAGACUACUCAGGAGAGUAAGACAUCAGCUGAUGCAUCGGAAUCAAUAAAAACUACAGGAAGACUAAGGAAAUUACAGAAUUUAGUGCAAGCAAGAAGUGGAAGUGGAAAGGGAAAGAGCACAUCUAAGAGUAACGAUGCAGAAAUUGUGAGCAACAACAGCUCAGUCCUAACCUGCAUCGGCUGGAGGAGGAAGACCGACAGGAGGCUCUCCAAAACUGCUCCGCUGCCACAGCAGCUGUUCCAGCAACACGCCAGGAAUCUGCAUAAAGAUCCAGAGGAGGAUGAAGCUUGGAGCACAAGGGUUGGAAAUUACCGGUGGAGCCCUUUUGACUAUCCACAGACUUUCUUCUCUCAGACUUGCUACCAACCUCGACAUGGACUUUGUGAGCUGCCACAGACCACAGAAUGGGAUCGUUUUGAGACCCUCGUACACUGGACAGAGCUGGACAGAAAACAGUCGGGUCUGUCUCCUCCCCAAAUGAUCCGCUCCAUCACAGAUUUGCAUCUCUACCAAAACACUUUGACCAGAUUUGAGAGAUUUGAAGCCUUAAGACAGCACUCGCCUUUAAUGAAACCACAGGAUAAUGAAAGUUGUAUGUGUGCUUUGUUAUUCAAGCGAACGCGGGAGCAGAACGGUGAGCUGACCGAAUUGAGAGUGCGGAGGACAGAGCUGGAACAUCUAUCUCAGACUGACAGGAAACACAUCGAGGCCUCACCAGAGGGAACGCAAACUAUCGUCUCUAACAGAGACAUGCAGAAAGGCGAAGCAGAGAAGACGGAUGCUGACCAUGGGAGACCAAUUACUAAAGCACACCACAGGUCCAGUAUCUCUCUGGAAAGCCUCUACAGCCUCAACAGCAGACAAAGCUCCUCAAGUGGAGUCACCAGUGGGUCAGACUAUUCCAGUAACAGAAACAGUCUGAAGCUGGAGGACGAUCUUCUGUGCACAAGGCAGUUUUGUGGCAGGGCCAGAGUCCAUACUGAGUAUGUGCCAAGUCCAUACGACACCGAGUCCCUCAAACUCAAGGUGGGAGAUGUCAUUGACAUCAUAACCAAGCCUCCCAUGGGAAUAUGGACAGGCAUGCUGAAUGGCAGAAUAGGGAAUUUCAAGUUCAUCUACGUGGACGUACUGAGGAAGGAGAACUUGGAAACACAAAUCCACAGAGUGAGACACAAAUCAACUGUCCAGGAAGUGCUGAAGCGUCUCAGUCUUGAGGAAUAUUCCACAUGUUUGCAGCUGGGUGGUUACCAAACAGUAGACGACUUGAUGAGGCUGAGGGAGAAUCAUCUGAUGGAGCUGAAUGUGACUGAUCCAGAGCACAGGCAGCGUCUGCUCGCCGCUGUCAACUCCCUGCAGCAACUGCGCUCUGAUUGUCAGUUGGAGAAUGAAGCUGAUCGAAAGGCCGAGAGCUCCACUGAGAACAUGAAGGCAGAUGUGAGUAACUGCCCCAGAGACUCUGGCUGCCCCAUGCCAUCUGACAGCCCUGACAACAUCACAGAGGAAGCAGACCUUCAUUUUCUCUCUGACCACGCUUUGCCAGCCGACCUGACGGCUUCAUAGGAAAAAUCUAUUCCUUGACAUGCUUGUUUUAUUUCUUCUGUUGCUGUUGACUUGUUUUCCCCACAGCUGUGAAACAUGGAAAAAUACAAUAAAAGGCACACUCUGACCUAA